ACAACGGGUAGUACGCCAUGUAUUACACUGCUCCAAGCAGCCAGACCAGAUACAUAUCUAUUAGGUGAGCGUUCAUAAUGUGUGGUCUGUGCAGUGGAGCACAACAAACUGUCUGGACUGGGAGCAUGAUUGAUCCAGCCAUGGAGAGUGCGGAGGGCCGCGGAUGGUCAGUUCAAGGACUGUAUGAGAAGUUAAAGCUAUCCCUUCAGAGAUCUCGUAGGGGGGACAGCGCGCAUUUGGUUGCCACGUCCGAGUACGUGGCCACCGACGCGUCGCUGCCCUUGGGUUCGAAGACGAUUACGAUUCGGAUGGGCAACCAGGGUUUUGGCGAGUAGUUUGCUGCGAAUGGAUGGUCAUUGGUGACAUGCUUUUACUGGACGAUCACCGCCUAAACGGAUGGCUGUUGUACACGGUCCAGCCUUGUUGAGGCCACUGUGGAAUUUCUGACAUUUUCUUGUUUGCGUUGAUGUUCAAGACGAUGCGUUACGAUUGACUUGGAUCACUGAGAUGAAUGGCCAAGCGUCGAAUCAGUUCUUGGGGUUCGAGUUCCUUUCAACAUUCCGUCGUGAUACUCGCGAUUGUCAUCCUUUGAUCCCAACCGUCGUGCUUUAGCGGACUCCUCGUCUUCCAGCCCUCUGUGCGUUCCAAAACGAAGAAGCGUUCGAUAUGUGACGAUGAAGCCCUGUCUAAUGUACUAUAUAAAUAACAAGA